AACAUCAUUAUUCAGAAAGAAGAAAAAAUAAGUAAUAUGUUAUUUAUAGUGCAAGGCAAACUGGAGGUCCAAGGUGACCCCAAAACCAAUAGAUUCGGAGAAGGUGAUUUUUUUGGAGAGGAACUACUACAAUUGGGAUUUAAUGCUGACAGCUGUCUUCCUAAGUCCAAUAUACUUGUUCGAGCCCUUACCUUGGUGGAAGCCUUUGCUCUGGAGCCUGAUGACUUGAAAAGCAAUAGGGCAGCCAUGGUUUUACAAUCAGCAUGGCAGCGUCAUAAGUUAAGACGAGUAGUUAAGGAAGCUGUCGAGAGGAAGGAGAGAAGGUCACGGCCAAGAAUAUUGUCCGGAACAAUUGAUUCAAAAAGCUCCCAUGCUGCUCUAGCAAAAUGGGAACCCUUCAAAAAGCUUUCUGGUGCACUCCAAUGGAAGGUUAACGACUAUAUGCUAUACAAGUCACAAGGAAUUACAGAUGUUGAUCUAGUGAUGCUGCUACAUAAACUUCCCAAGGAAUUAAGCACACAAAUGAAGAGUGAACUCUGUUUUGACCUGCUCAAUAAAAAUGGUGCACCCAAGCUAUUUAGUAUCACCUUAGCCACCCUACUAGCUGCAAGAUCAACUGGGUCAUACUUCCUCUUCCCUUUCCCCUCCUUUUUCUUGCUAUGGGAUAAAAGCACACAACCUUCAAAUCUCUUCCAAGUCUACAAGCCAUGCCUACCUUUCCUUGCCAUUUUUGCCACUUGUCUACGAGGCAUGUCUCUAAGAAUCGAAUGUGAUGCUUGCUGCUUUGGAUAGUCACCAAUCCAAUCUGUAUUCUUAUCCUUGUUCAUAACCCCCACUUCACUAGGCACUUGUUCAUUAGGACUAGAUUGGUUCUCAAUGAACAACUACCAUUUAG